AAGUGCUCGGAUGUGCGUACGCGUCGGCCGUUUGUACCGCCUGUGGAGGAUCCGGCGCAGCAAGAAGUUCAAAGUGAUUCGGAGGCUGUUUAGAACAUGAGGUGGUUCGCUUGCGGUGUUUUGCUGCUGCAGCUAUUCUGGCAGUGCAGCAGCCGAGCUUACCCCGAGGAGAACAUCAGCGUGUACACUUCCAAUACCACCACGGGGCAAGGGGACGUGUAUCAUCAGAUAGCUAAUAAUAUCGCUGAGAGGAUCACCUCCCCCAUCUAUAGGUUCCUGGGCAUUGGUACAAACAAAACUGAACCAACGACCAAGAGACCAUGGGUCCACAUUGAAUCCCUCGACGAACCCGAAGACGUUGCUAAAACAGACCUCAAACCACUUGGCAAUGGACUUGAAGACCGCGACGUCGAAGAACUAUCAGUAGAAGCUCUGAAGAAAAAUGAUAAGAAACCUGAAAAAAUCACACUUUAUUCAAGUUAUCUACCUAAAUUAGAAACACUUGAUAAUAAAGAAAAUGAUACAAUAAAUGAAGUUGAUGAUCCUUUCGAAUUCGAUGAUGAUGAUGAUGAUUUCGCUACGAAGCCUAGAGAAGGCGGAUUUGUGUAUUACUUAGAGCUUCUAGGGAGCUUCUUCCAGCUAGCUUUAGGCGCUGUUUUGGCGAUAUUUAAAUCGUCAUCUGGUUCAAAUUAGGUAUUUAAUAGAUUUUUAGAACUUCUAGUCGUGAGUAAGUCAGUAUUUUACAAGUAUAAUAGUCGACAUUAAGUGUCAUAUUUUACAAAUUAUUUACACAAAAGCACAUUAUAAUAUUAUCCGUGUAUUUGCA